AUGCCCUCUACCGAGCAUCGCCACGUGCGCUCCGGCAGUCUCAACAUCACGCCGCAAAACGGCCACCCGCCCAACAUGCCCUCCGCCGCCCCGCGCUUUGAGGGUCCUCGCAGUCCUCCCAACACUUCUCACGUUCCAUGCAAGUUCUUCCGCCAGGGCGCUUGCCAGGCUGGCAGUGCGUGCCCUUUCAGCCAUGACUUGGGUGCUUCGGCUGAGACCAUUUGCAAAUAUUUCGCCAAGGGCAAUUGCAAGUUCGGGCCCAAGUGCGCCAACAUUCACAUCCUACCCGACGGGCGCCGCAUCAACUACGGGAAGAACGGAGUCACGAUUGGCACAGCUCCGAUAGCCCUCGGUGGCGCCCGAGGCAACCCUCCGACCUCAACCCCAUACCACCCCUCCACCACCAGCGCCUUGACUUCGGGUCUCUAUCGCGACGGCGUGCCCGCCUACACGUCUGCGUACCCGUACGGCGAGGAUAGACAGCAACACCUCGGCCGUCAGCCCAGCCUCGACAACGGCCUACCAACCAUCGAUACCACCUACUCCUCUUCACACCCCGGCUCACAAUAUGGCUCACCGCGCGACGAAGAUGCCUCCAGGCUGGGCCUUGGUCUUUCGCCGGUCAACGUCAACGGUCUCUCUGUACUCGAUGCCCCCCUCCCUGCCUCUUUCGACUCACAGGGCAUCUCCAACGCUGCGCGCUACCCUGCCGCGCCGUGGCCUUCCUCUGUUCCCUCCAAAUUUGGCCUCGAGUCGCCGACUCCGUCUCUCAGCAAUGCCAAGGACGACCGAACUUCGGAGACCCUCAAGAGCUUGCAUACUUCUGCCUUUGGCAGCAAUGAAUACCUUUCAGUUUCCAAUGCAGGCCUCGGCAGCAGCCCGCCCAGCCACCCCGUUGGCGAGGAGUACUUUGGACGCCGGACUAUGCACUCGAGCCGCUUCGCGAAGCCCAAGAUGUUGAGUGCCAGCCUUCCCAAGGCGGCUGUCGAUCGCGAUUGGGAUGCCGAGUUUGCCUUCCUUGAGGAGGAUUAUGUGCCUCAUAACCUCCAGGAACUCCUAACACCUGCGGAGAAGGCCCGACGCGGAUCCAUUCGUGCAAUCGACAGCGAGCCCGGCAGCGAGAAUGCAACCAAAUUUGGCAGCCCCCUUGCUGGUGCAAGUCCGAGCCGUUGGGGUCCUUUGUUCCAGCGCCAGAAGGAGGAGGAGCUGGAGAGUCGUAGCUUCAGCAAGGCCUCGGCUUUCGGCCAUGUUGGCAGCCCACUGCGCAAUUCGGUCCUUUCCAACGAGAUGAGCAACGGUCUCAACGGAGCUGGGCGCCAUACUCCAGGUAGCCGCUCCGGCAGCGACACGACUUCUGCUCUCACCCAGCAGCUCUCGCGAACGCGCCUCGCCGACGAUGGAAACGGCAGCCCUCGCCUUCACCCCAUGAUGGCUGCUGGAAGAACCGUGAGCAACGGCGCGGGUGCGAUUGGCAAGGAGCGUGGUUCGGCCAUUGAACGUCACAUUUCCAGUGGUUCCAUCGGAUCAUCCGGACGUUUCACAACCCCGAUCGACGAGGAGGAUCCAGCUUUCGUCUUCAACAUGGAGGAGGACAGCGACGAGCAGCAGGCAGCUCGGCAGAGGAAGCGCAUCUCUGCAGGACUCGGCAUGGGAGGCGGCGGCAGCGGCUGGAGCUACGCCGGUGUCUUGUCCGCCAAGACUGUCGCUCCGGGUUCGAGCCUCGCAAAAGAGUCGCGUGAGCCAUCUGUCACAGUGGAGACAGUGGGCGGACGGUAA